AUGAAGAUGAUUGAGAAGGGUGAGGGAGGGGGGUGGGUGAUUAAAAGGGGGUGGUGGGAUGGGGCACACAUUGAUGGGGAUGAUGACGAGGUGAAGGGGGGUGGGGGGCGGUGGGGGGGUGUUGUUGGGUGGUGGGGGGGGGGUGGGGGGUGGUGUGGGGGUGGAGGAGGGGGGAGUGGGGUGUGGGUAGGAAAUGAAGAGGGUGGAGGAGGGGGAGGGUACUGCGGGAAUAUGGUGUAA